AUGUCUGACCAGGAGGCAAAACCUUCAACUGAGGACUUGGGGGAUAAGAAGGAAGGAGAGAACACUAAACUCAAAGUCAUCAGACAGGAUAGCAGUGAGAUUCACUUCAAAGUGAAAAUGAUGACGCAUCACAAGAAACUCAAAGAAUCAUACUGUCAAAGACAGGGAGUUCCCAUGAAUUCACUCAGGUUUCUCUUUGAAGGUCAGAGAAUUGCUGAUAAUCACACUCCAAAAGAACUGGGAAUGGAGGAAGAAGAUGUGAAUGAAGUUUAUCAGGAACAAACGGGGGCAUUCAAUGGGUCCUAUCUGGAUACCUGGUCACCACGCUGUGAGGAGCCCACGCCACAUGGAAAGGACACGUGA